AUGGUUGCUUGUUUCCAAUGCCCAGAAGAUCAGUAUCCAGGAGAUGAGAAAACUCAAUGCAUGCCCAAAACUCUCGUUUUCCUAUCUUACCAGAAACCCUUAGGGAUUAUUUUCACUUCAGCUGCUGUUUCUUUUUCCCUGAUCACAGCUUUGGUGCUAGGAACUUUUAUUAAGCACAGAGAUACCCCCAUUGUGAAAGCCAACAACCGGGACCUCACCUACACUCUCCUCAUCUCUCUUAUGCUCUGCUUCCUCUCAUCUUUGCUGUUCUUGGGCAAACCUGGGAAAGUGACCUGCCUUCUUCGCCAACCAUCCUUUGGCAUUGUCUUCUCAGUGGCUGUUUCUUGCGUGCUGGCAAAAACCACCAUUGUUUCUCUAGCAUUCAUGGCCACAAAGCCUGGAUCCAGAAUGAAGAAAUGGGUGGGGGGAAACCUGUCCAACUCUAUUGUCCUUUCCUGUUCCCUUAUUCAAGUCAUUAUUUGCACCACGUGGUUGGCAACUUCUCCCCCCUCUCCUGAUUUAGACAUGCACUCAGGAACAGACGAAAUCAUUCUACAGUGUAAUGAAGGGUCCAAUGCCAUGUUCUACUGUGUCCUUGUCUACAUGGGACUCUUGGCAAUCAUCAGUUUCUUUGUUGCAUUUCUCGCCCGGAAAUUACCGGAUAGUUUUAAUGAAGCCAAGUUCAUUACAUUUAGCAUGUUGCUCUUUUGCAGCGUGUGGGUCACCUUUGUGCCAACCUACCUGAGCACCAAAGGGAAAGACAUGGUGACUGUGGAGAUCUUUUCCAUCCUGGCUUCCAGCGCUGGGUUAUUAGGCUGUAUCUUCUCUCCUAAAUGCUACAUCAUUGUUUUGAAGCCUGAGUUGAACAGCAGGGAGCAAAUGUUAAGGAAGAAAAUUUAAACAUGAUUAAUAUUAUUUGCAUUAGAGAUUAAAACAUGACGCACUAUGGUUAGCGGAAAGUUUGGGAAACACCACAAACCAGAAAACUGGAUCCUAAGUGUGAAUCCUUUAGUGCCUUGUUGCCUGAUCGUGCUUGUUUCCAGGCCACCUUCCAUGUUGUGUCCAUGCCUAUCUUUGUUCUUUCUGUUUCAAAUGCAGAUGAGGAGUAUGAAGUGGCAUUGGCCAGGAAAAGAAGUUUCCCUUUGCUUGCUCCCCAUUGUUUGCCUCUU